AUGACCGUUACUGAAUUCCCACCACUUCUUUCUGAAGAAGAUUUACAAAAGUAUAAGGUUCCAUUGCGUUGGAGAGACAGAUGUGCCGCUAACUUCGCUCUUUACCACAUAUGUCUUAAGAGACAAUCUGCCAAUUCGUCCGUUGACUGUAAGCACGAUAAACACGUUUGGGAAGAGUGUGAAAACUUGGAUUUCAUAAGAAGACAAAAGGAGUUAGAACAAGCAAAGGAAAAGAGAAGAUCAGAAUUACAAUAA